GUUCAUGCAGUGGCCACCUGUCGCUGGUAGCACUGUGAUAGGUAGCGAGGUGUGAUAGUAAAUGAUGGGUGUCAAACCCUGAGACGAAGUCUGAUCGUGAAGUUUGAUUGACCGAUCGUUAAACGGGUCGUGGCGUCCGUGCGUUGUAUUGGGUGAUAUCGAAAGUGUUUUACGUACAGUGCCAAAUAUACGUUCAUCUCAAUGUUGAAAUGAAGCAGAACUGCGUCAUGUAUGACGAACCAGGGAACCUAUGCGAUAGGCACACGCAGUUCGCCCCGCACGGGCUCUGCAAUCCGUCGGAUUAAUGAUCAAUGGCUUUAUUCGAGAAACGAUACACGAAUAAAGUGCUGCUAGAUGAUACAGAGAAGCUGUCGAGCAUCAUUGAAAAUGCAAGAACAAUCGACGGUCACACGGAGUAUGUGAUCAAAACACAAAGAGGUCCACUACCAGAAAAAUUUUGGAGAGUCAACAGACGUUACAAUGACUUUGUACAGCUCAACGCAGCUUUGUCAAUAUCAGGCAUUGACCUGUUUCUUCCUCCAAAGAAAAUCAUUGGUAAUAUGGAACCAGACUUCAUAGCUCAGCGUCAAGUAGCACUACAGAAUUUUCUAAACACAAUACUAAUGAAUCCCAUAUUGGCAUCGUCGCUUCCUAUGAAAAAAUUUUUAGAUCCAGAUAAUUAUACAGCACCAUUACAUGAAAUAGCUCUGCAACAGGUGUCACUAGCUCUACGCAGUGAUGCAAAUUACGAAGUUUGUAAGGCCAUUCCUGAUAUGGGAUGGCGGUUGAGAAAGCAUUAUUACACGGUGAAAAAUCGUCAGAAUCCCAAGCAAGAAUUGCUACUCGCAUGGGUGGAAUUUGGUCCAGAUAAACACUUGCAAGACAAGGAUAUGCAAGGUGUUUUCAAAAGUUUAGGCACCCUAAAACAUAAUUAUAUAGAACCAAUUGUUUACCAACAUGUGACGGAGAACGGAGCUUUAAUGAUAAGAACAUUUUAUCAGACGGGUACAUUGCGUGACACUUUAUGUGUAACUAAACCAAAACAACCGUUCAUAAAGAAGUAUGGAAAUCCAAAACAAAUCAAAUCUUUAACAGUGCCUGAAAUUGCAAUGUAUGGUUAUCAGAUUUUGGAAGCUUUAGGAUUUCUCCAUGAGAAAGGUCUACCUUACGGGCACUUACACACGGGCAAUAUUCUUCUAACUCAAAGAUGUGCAAAAUUAUUAGACAUAGAAAAUGGUCUAUUAGGUUUGCCUGCAUUUUAUCGGCCCUACGUUGUACAAAGGCGUAAACUUCACGCUACGACUCAAGUGGACGUUUACUCGUUUGGGCAUGUGCUGUAUGAAAUGGCAUUUGGAAGACCUCUUUUGGAGGCCACGUGCUCCGAAUUGCCAUACUGCGAGGCGAAACUGAAGAAUCUGCUCGAAGUGAUUUUGUCACCAGAAGAUUUGAAACAAGAUUUACCAACGAUACCACAUUUACUGGACCACCCGUUUUUCGAAUCAGCCAAACGCGCCGCUCUAGCUAUUGGAUCCGUGGAAAGACCACACUUUAAGUUAAGUAGUCAUUUAAAGGAAGCUCUCCAUGAAGCGGUGAACAAAGCAGAGCAAAGACUGAAAGACGAACAAAAAGUUGCUAGACAGCAAAAAAGACUUGUGAAAGUGCAAGAGAUGAUGAGUUCAGAAGAAGAGAUGAAGAAACGAAAACAAAAAUUGAAAAAGGAACAAAAAUUGGCACAGGAGCAACGUUUUGGUAAUCAGUUAAGUACAAACGGUUUGAAGCAAGUGAACGGCAAGAGUCCAGAACGUUCAGACAGUCCCACAAGCACUUCCACGGCCACCAGUGUUGGAACUUUGACUCCACCUUCCUUGCGUGAUGCAGCCUCUCCGAAGGGUUCAAUCCCUCCGCCUCCGAUGCCACCACCCAAUGGCGUAGCCGACAAUGCCCCGAAGGUGACCAACGAGCGAGCUGCUUUGCUCGGGAGUAUUUGUAAUUUCAACAAAACUAGUCUUCGCAAAAUUGCGAACGGGCCCCGUUGAGCCGAUAAGUUAAAGAACAAAUGGAGAAUUGAUAAACAACUUCGUUGUAAUGGGAACCGUAAUUCGUACUACAGGCGUGCUAUUUUUCUUCGUCGAACAGUUAGACGCGACUUAUCAAUCUUUAUUUUGAUCUCGAGGAUCGUAGCAACCAAAUUUUUUAGGAUUUUUAAAGACGUUCGCUGUAAUGGCAAACAAUAAUGAAUAAUAUUACAAAAUUCCUCUAUUUAUAUGUACAUGGCGUGGCGAGAACAAUUACUAUCUUAAUAUCUUCAACAUUAUAAGACCAGAGGCAACAGGUUCGUUGCACGAACAUGGUUUCUUGUAAGAGCAUAUACAUUAUAUUGCUCUUAGAAUUUUGAAGAUAUUAGUGUACAUAUUAGAUAUUAUUUUACCUCUUAUAACGACAGCACGACGCAUUGAUAGAAGUGGCCGAUGUUUAGAUCUAUUUCGCUGCUAAUUUUAUUUUUUUGGAGCACCGUCCAUAAUCGGAUUUGUAAUUAUACAUAGAAAAAAGAAAAAUGAUCUAAAGUAUGGCGAGAUUGUAAGAAGGUGAUCUUUUAUAAAUCGUGAUCGUGUACGUGUAAUCGAACAGAGUAGUUGGGCAAAUCAAUGUAUUUAAGUAGAAAAUUAUUUUCCCCUCAAUUCUCUGUUACAUUUAAGAAGAAAAACAAAUUUAUUAAUAACUAGUAAAUUUUAUUCGUGUAACAAGUUUCGCAUUCGCUAUAACAGGUGAACGCAUAAUAGAAAAAAGAAAACAAUAACGAUUGUAUAAUA